ACUGACGCUUGAUUUCACUGCUGUGAUUGCGUCUCUGAAUUCUCACCGUAAAAUGGCAGAAGCUAGAAUUUUUCAAGAAGAGUUCACAUGUCCUGUGUGUCUGGAUCUCUUGAAGGACCCGGUGACUAUUCCCUGUGGACACAGUUACUGUAAGAGCUGCAUUACAGGCUGUUGGGAUCAGGAAGAGGAGAAGAGAGUCUACAGCUGCCCUCAGUGUAGAGAAACCUUCAGGCCAAGACCUGCUUUAGCUAAAAACACCAUUCUGGCAGAAAUGGUGGAGAAACUGAAGAAGACCAGACCUGCUGCUGACUGUUAUGCUGGAGCUGGAGAUGUGCAGUGUGAUGUCUGUACUAAACGAAAGUACAAAGCCAUCAAAUCCUGCCUGGUGUGUCUGGAAUCUUACUGUCGAACUCAUUUUGAGCGUCAUGAGGAGUUUCACUCUUGUAAGCCACACAAAAUGAUUGAUGCCACUGAACGACUGCAGGACAUGAUCUGCCGUAAAACCAUCUAUAACCAUAAAAACCACACAACUGUGUCAUCCGCAGCACAGAGGACAGAGAAACAGAAAGAGCUGAAGGAGAUGCAGAUGAAGCUCCAGCAGAGAGUUCUGCAGAGACAGAAAGAUCUUCUGCGGCUGAGAGAGGCUGUGGAGUCUCACAAGCGUUCUGCACAGACAGCAGUGGAGGACACUGAGAAAAUCUUUACUGAGCUCAUCCGCUCCAUUGAGAGACGAUGCUCUGAGCUUACACAGAUGAUCAGAGAUCAGCAUAAGACUGCAGUGAGUGAAGCUGAAGGACUGAUGGAGCGACUGGAGCAGGAGAUUGAUCGUCUGAGGAGAAGAGACGCUGAGCUGGAACAGCUUUCACACACACAGGAUCACAUCCAUUUCCUGCAGAGUUUCCAGUCUCUCUCAGUUCCUCCUGAAACUACAGAUGCUUCCUUCAGUUCUAUAUUAACGUUUGAUGGCCUGAGAGAAUCUGUGCAUCGGCUGAAAGUCAAAGUGGAGUAUUACUGCAAAGAGCAGAUCAAGAAGAUCACUGACCGAGUUAAACUCACCAGCACUAUCACCAAAAACAGGAAUGACUUCUUACAAUAUUCUCAGCAGUUCACUCUGGAUCUGAACACCGUGAAUAAAUACCUCUAUCUAUCAGAAAACAACAGAGUGGUUACUCGCACUGGCAAAUUCCGGUUGUAUCCUGAUCAUCCAGACAGAUUUGAAGAGCUGUGGCAAGUGUUGUGUAGAGAGAGUGUGUGUGGAUGCUGUUACUGGGAGAUCGAGUGGAGUGGAUGUGUGUUUAUAUCAGUGUCAUAUAAGAGCAUCAGCCGGGAUAAUGGAGAUUAUGAAUGUGGAUUUGGACAUAAUGAUCAAUCCUGGAGUCUGAUUUGUUGUCCAUCCAGAUACUCAUUCAGACACAAUAACAUAAAGAUUGAUCUCCCUGUAAAGACCAUCAGCAGUAAAGUAGGAGUGUAUGUGGAUCACAGUGCAGGAAUUCUGUCCUUCUACAGUGUCUCUGAUACAAUGCGCCUCAUCCACACAGUUCAGACCACAUUCACUGAGCCAAUCUGUCCUGGAUUUUAUGUUCAUAUUGGAUCAUCUGUGGAACUGUGUUCAUGAACCAGUAUAGAUUAUAGAGGGAUUCUACCCAUAAUUCUUUGAGCUGCAUGAUGAAUCAAAAGAUGAGUGGUUGGAGUCUCUUAUUUUAUCAUCAUUAUAU